AUGCUUACAGUGUAUCUACCUUUUGAUGAUAGAAACCUAGCUUUGAUUUAUCAGAAGAUUUGCAAAGGGGAUGUGCGAAUGCAUAAAUGGAUGACUCCAGGAGCACAGAGUCUUAUAAAGAGAAUUCUUGAUCCAAACCCGAAAAGGAUAACAAUGGCAGAUAUUAAAGUAGAUGAAUGGUUUAAACAAGAUUACACUCCUGCAAAACCUAAUGAAGAUGAAGUUUUGUCAAUACAAGAGAAUGCUGUAGAAAAUCAAGAAUUACCUACCCAUGUCAAUGCUUUUUGAGCUCAUUGGAAUGUCUUGGAGCCUUGAUCUCUCGGGUUUCUUUGAGAAAGAAGUAAAGAUUUUGAUUCAAUUUUUAAUUUUUUUUAAAGUUUUGAAAAAAUAUUGUACUUGAUACAAAGUUACAAACACUGUUUGACAUCAGAGGAUGUAUAAGUUAUGGUAGUUUGUAAAUUUGUUUAUAAAUCCUUGUUUAUGUCGUAGUUUUAGAAGAGUUAAAUGCAUAAUGUAAGAAUAAACUUGCAUUUUUAUGCAUAAUGUAAGAAUAAACUUGCUAAAUUUGGAUUUUAUAUGGU